GCUCAUAUAAGAGUAGCCAUAAGAAUAUAGAACCAGAACUUAUGAGAAUUAUUCUUGCAAAUAACUGUUUAGACCAAAUUGUAUUAUAUGCAGAAAAUGAUAAUAAAUUAUUUGAUUCUUUAAAAAUUUUAAAGGAAAGAAAAUCAA